AUGUACCCUGCUAAACCUAUCGACCUCUCGCACCACCUUUCCGAGGAAACCCGUUGCAGGCGGCCAAAUGCCAUGAAGGCGUUGUGGCGUGUUGCAAACCGCAAACCGGGCAUGCUUAGCCUGGGGACGGGCGACCCGCACUAUUCUCUCUUUCCCAUGAAAAAGGUACAAUUUGAGGUGGCCUCGACCUCUGAAUGCCUCGACGAUCCCGUUGCGACAUGGACGGGAGCGGACGGCUCCGACGCUCGGACACAGUGGUUCUCGUGCUCACGGGACGAGCCAGGAAGCGUGCCCUUCAAGUCCGUGAUGGCAUACGGGACGGGCGCUGGCGUGCCUGAGGCGCAGCGCGCGGUAACCGAGCUCACGCAAUACUACCAUGCGCCGCCAGACCACAUCUGCACGCUCACCAUCGGGAACAUGGACGGCGUCACGAAGCUCUUCCGGCUUUUGGGCAACCCCGGCGACCACUUCCUCGCGGACGAGUUCUCGUUCAACGCGCUCACGAACGCGCCGCUCGCGCACGGCAUCAACUGGGUGCCCAUCAGGAUCGACAAGGGCGGGCUCAUUCCCAGCGACCUCGAGCGGGUCAUGUCCACAUGGGACGAGUCUGUGCACGGCCGCCGCCCGCAUGUGUUGUACACCGUUCCCUCUGGGCAAAAUCCCACGGGCUGCACUUUGAGCGCAGAACGUCGGAAACAGAUCUAUCAGCUUGCACAGCGUUUCGAUAUCCUAAUUAUUGAAGAUGACCCAUAUUACUAUUUGCAGUACGACGAUAGCGGAGCAUCUUUGAGCCAGCCGCCGCCCUCGUUCCUGUCAAUGGACAUCGAGGGCCGCGUACUGCGCGUCGACAGCUUCAGCAAAGUGAUGAUGCCGGGCAUGCGCCUCGGCUGGAUCACCAGCAGCCACCUCUUCCACUCGCACCUCAUCUACCUCAACGAGUCCUCGACGCAGCACCCACACGGCUUCGGCCAAAUCUUCAUCACUGAGAUGAUGAGCGCGUCGGGCUGGGGGAUUGGCGGCUUCGACCGCUGGACGCGCAGCUUGCGUAAGGAGUACCAGCGCCGGCGGGACGUCUUCCUGGCCCACUUCGAGCGCGAGGUCGCGAGUACGGGCUUCGCGAGCGCGGACGUGCCUGCCGCGGGCAUGUUCGUCUGGGUCGAGGUCCACAUCCACCUGCACCCGCGCUACCGGACAGACUUCCAGGGCGCCGAGGGCGUGGCGGCGCGCACGAACGUGCCCCAGCUGAUGGACGAGCUCUUCGAGCGGUGCCUUGACGCGGGCCUCGUCGUCAUGCCCGCGAGCAUCUUCGCGACGCCCGCCUCGCCCGGCGUGGCGAAGCUCAUUGGUGGCAACGAUCCCAUCCAGAACCGACUGAACUUUGUGCGCACGACGUUUGCUGGGGAGGAGGUGCAGAUGCAGCCCGCGCUGCAAAUUCUCGGCCAGGUCCUCACGAGUUUCUUCACUGAGUCAUGUGAAAGCCAAGCUGGCGUUUUCCUCGUCAAUUAA